AUGUCGUCCUCUGAAGCAGGUCCUUCCACCAUACCCUCGUCCUCCAAGGAAGUAGAGCUGGCAAUAGAACCAGUCCACAUCUACACCGAUCCCAAUCCCCUGCCUCCCUCAUCCACCUCUAUCACAACAGCAUUUGAUCGCGAGCGACAACUAGCAGACAUUCUGCCGGAUGGAACCAACAUCUUCAUCUCUCGCAAGCCCGCAUCUCAGCAACUUUCAGAGGAUGUUAGACGGCUUUGGGCCGAAAGAGGCGAUUUUUCUCGAUUCCGCACAUCCGAUCUCACCCGCAAAUGCCCCGCUUCUGAAGAAGAAGAAAGCGACGAUGAAGAAGAUCAGCCCAAACUACAAGGAGAAGAAGAGGAAGAAGGGAUACUGCGGAAUCCUUGCAAAGGCACAGUAGGCGGUACGAUCGGGGAAAGCGAGUUUGUGAAACUGAGAGGCAAAGUGUUACAGAACCUGGAUGUAGCGCAUCUCAACUCUAUCCAUGCGCAUCAGUUGUUGGGCAUGUUGAUAAAGCAGUAUCGCUCCACCAAUACUGCUUCUAGUUCGAAUAAUGCGGCGGUAGCGGGGAGGAUGAGGUCUCCAGCACCGAGUCUUGGAACGCAGUCGAAUAGGUCAGGUUCAACAACUACCGCCGCUCCGAACCCAACCAAAGCACCGUUGGGGAUCUUCGGUUAUCUUACACACCCAUCCAAUCGUGAAGAGGAGUUUAUUUUAGAUCCGCUCUCCAUCGCGCUCUCUAGGACAAGUUUGAACCCUUCCACUGCCACUCGGCGAGAGGUGUCCACUGAAGGCGAAGUAGAGGAAGAGGAGGAUUUUGACGAGGACCCAAACAGCGCAGCGUACGGGUUGAAACAAGCGAAGCGAGAAUUAGAGUCCACAGCAGGAUUCAAGCUGAAUAAGUUGCGAGAGUUUAAGAUCGUAUUGGAAAGUAAAAGAAAAGCAAUCGCUAAUGCAGCAGAACUGCUGAGUAGUGCAGGGGACGAGUUGAGAGAGAGUCAAGGCGCCAAUCGAGAACGAUGGCGAGCAUUGAUAGGAUUACAUGGGCGAGGAUGGGGUUUGACUCCAGGGCGGCCUUUGUUGGAUGUUGAACGAUUUGGUGUCUCGAAUACUGAAGAGGAGGAAGGCUCCCAAGGCACUAAAAAGGGUGCGGGGGGAAAGAAGAAGGGCGCUGCGGGAUUGCAAGGCUUUGGAACACCCGUUGUUACUUCGGACGGGAAAGUCAAAGAAGAAGGUGCGAGAGAUGCUUGGAUUGGGUUCGGAUCGCCAGAAGCACCGAUUGAGUUGAGGCGACGAAGUCUGGCCUACUGGGCCGAUACGCCCGCCUCGUCUGCUGGUAGUGGUGGGAGAGAAGAAGGAGGAGGAGGAGGAGGAGGAGGAGGAGGAGGAUUGGUAGAGAAGGUGAAACAAAAACUUGUCUUCCCUGAUCGGAUGCAUCGGAGAUUGCGGGUAAGGUUUGUUCUUUGGCCUUCUACGACAACAGGCGGUGAAGGGAUGGAAGGGAAGGUUCAAUGGUCCAGCGACCCCCCUUGUGCUACUGCUGCGGAAGGGGAAAAGAAGGAGGGAGGGAUUGUUAUGGGGCAGGUACUGGAUUCGGAAUUGCAGAUGGCGUCGAGGGAAGCCUCGGAUGAGUUGAUUUUUGGAGAUGUUGUUGCCCAGGCUCGACUGCUACCGCCUUCUUUUGGGGUGAGACUUACGCCUACUUCGGUUCGCAUCGUUUUGACGAAAAGACUCGAUCUUAUUGUCGAGCUUGUGCCGACCAAUCCUGACACUGGAGAUAAAGAGGAGGAGGAGAAGGAGGAGGAGGAGGAGAAGAAGAAGAAGGAGGAGGAGAAGAAGAAGAAGGAGGAGGAGAAGAAGAAGGAGGAGGAGAAGAAGAAGGAGGAGGAGAAGAAGAAGGUGAACUACUCACCACACGCUAGUCUGCUUUUAGCCUUCCUCCGACUCGGUCCGCUUAGGAAAUCGAUGGCAUUCAUGAGCGCAACAAAGGAGGGCAGGAAAUGUGAUGCACCGAGUCGUGCCAGCGCACUGAAAGCGAACGCUCUUGCUGUCCCGAAGAAGUCCACUUCUGCUGGUAACGCCAAGGCCGACACAGGGUCAGGAGGAGGAAAAGGCAUUGCAGCGGGAGGAAAAGCGACGAGCGCGGCGCUAUCGAAACUGGAUUGCCUCGGUCCCAUCCUAGUUGGACUGCACUAUUGGUCUUUCGUCUACAGACUCGGAGUGGUGCUACGAGGAGUACAGGAGAGAGUGCAGCGCGAAAGAGCGAUCAAGCUUAGGAUCAAGCUGGUUCCCAUCACACCAAGAACUUGUCUCUCCCCAGCGGCGCGCGGAACGGUGGAAGAGCUGACGAGGAGCCUAGCGAGGAUGGUGGAUGGGGUACCUUGUACUCCUCCCACCAGCAAAGCAAGCGGGGGUGAGGGGGAAGGGUCUCUACACUCGAUCUACAGGCCGAGCCAAAGUGGGAGGGAGGAGAUGCUGAAAGGAUCUGCCAAGGUGUAUGUCGAGCAAGGUAAAGGAGGGCAGAGAUUGGUUUGCACGUUAUCCUUUGCUCAGCCGAGUUUGCUCAGUGUUCAAUUUGCGGGAGGAAAGAGGACUUCAGGAGGAGUGAGGUUAACGAAUAGACCUCUGAGUGUUGAUCUGGAUACGCUAGACCAGCUGUUGUCUCGAUACAUCUCCUGA